UUUACUAACUUGAUUUCGCUCGGCUCGUUGAGAAUCACAGCCCACUCCUUUUAUAAAUCACAAAAAGAGUUUGCGUUUGCUAAAAGGUUUCUGCUAUUGCAACUGUUUGCCGAUGCAUUUAAAGAGAAAAAAAGAAAAGGAGAUGGAUUUAAAGGAAUUUAAACCUCGAAGACGAUAAAUUGAAGUUCAGACGAUGCUAAAAUGAUCACUGGAUGAGCUAAUCUUGCAGGAUUCGUGUAUUUUUCUUCGGUGUGAAGUCGCCGAGAAAUGACAGCGGAAUGCAGCACGGAUGUUUUGGUGAGUUUCUCCGAGUCCCUGCACGUCUACAGCGGGCUGUUGACGGUGUCUGCGGUGUGCGGAGGUCUGUCGGGGAUCCUGGCCGCCACCCUGCUGUACGUGUUCUGCAUGAAGCCGCUGCUGCUGACCAGACAGGGUUACAAUGCAAGGAGGCUGUUUGAACCUGACGAUGUGGAAGUGGACAACAACCAAAGUGACCGUGUCAGCAACACCAGAAAAGAAGCUCCAAGUACCAAUAACGACAAAGAGAAGAAGCAGCAGGGCAUGAACAGUGAUGUGGCUGCAUUUGCAUCAAGAGCCAAGGUGGUUUACCCGAUCAAUCAAAAAUACAGACCGUUAGCAGAUGGUGCAUCCAACCCAUCACUACAUGAGCACUCAAAAUUACCACCGAUGCCCAAUGAGGAGUCAUCCUCCUCUUUGGAUGGAGAGUCUAUGAGCCAAGAGCAAGACAACGAUGACAGCAGCCAGUUUAUCUCGUCAUCUCUGGUUCCCAAGAGCCUUCAGAACCACAGUUUCAUCAGGGUGUCCCACUACCCCCACACACUGAUACAGACAGGUUUUGAAGGAAGGAUCAGCCUUUACUGUUUAGUCCUGCAGGAUGUAGAACAUCACAGCUCUCAGCUCCAGGAAGAAAAAUACUUGAUUUUUCUUCAUAUGCUGAAAAUAAUAUUCAGCAGCCAGUUUCCAAAAGAUCAAAAGGAGGCAGAGUUUACAAAGAAUAUUCUUCAGAUGCAAGAAAAGGAACUGAAUGAUUUGAGGAAACUGUUACCAACAGUUCAAACUGUUAGUGAGAAGAGUUCUGAUGGUCACUGUUCACUAGAAGAGAUUGAAAGAGCUCAGAAAGAUCUCUUUGAACGGGGUCUUCAAAUGUGCAAACGUUUCAGCAGACAGGUAGAGGAUUUGUGCCACCAUCUAUUGAAGAAAACCAGCAUUUUUUCUCCAGAUGAAGCACAGAGUACCAUUGCCUCUCUCAUCCAGACACUUGUUGUAGUAGAGAACCAGCUCAUGAAUUCACACAGAGCUAACCUGAAGAGGAUACAGGAGAAGUUGUUAUGGUGGGAGGAGUUGACUGGGUUUGUUCAGUCCCAACCCGCCUUGCUAAACUGGGAAAUGAGUCUGAGGCAGAGCUUGAUCACCACAACACUGGAGCAGCUCACAAGUGAUGACAUCUUGACAUUUAGUCACAUGGAAGAGAUACUUUCAAAGGUUCAGACCGCUCUGACUGAUUGCCUUCAGCAGUGCACAGAGGAGUGCACGAGGACAACAAAGGAGCUGGUAAAUGAGAAGUGCAGCAAAAAGGAGUCGAAGAGGAGGAAGCUUCAGAGGAGUCAAAUGAAGGAGAGAAGCCAAGCCCUGGAGCAGACGCAGGCUCGCGGUGACUUGGAGGAAUCCACCACGAUGUACCAGGAGUUGCUGAUGAAACACAGGCGACAGAUGUUCGACUUGGAGCUUCAGCAGAACAACAGGAUUGCAGAGGCCUUGUGUGACGUUUGGAAGAAACUGCGUACGUGUUGGUCAAAGAGGCUCGGGGAAUUGGCAAAGGACGUCUUUGUGAUGUCUGUUCCUGCCCAGACGCACCUCACCGCUGAGCACUGUGAGAAGCUGUGGCUGGAUCUGGAGCAGGAGCUGGCUGCUCAGCUGCAGCAGGCGGAGCGCAACACCAGACAGCAGCUGCAGGACAUCACGGCUGAGCUGGAUAGAGAUGAGCAGGCGUGGAGUGAAGGGUUUGCUCUGGUGCAGGCCUGUCUCAAACAUCAGAGUGAACAGCAGAUGCACAUCCUCAGAUCAAUGGUGGCCAGACAGAGCUACACAAUCAGCAGUCAAACGGGGAAGAUGAUAGAGAGCAAACAUGAGCACCUUUUGGCAGUGGUGCAAAGAUGCUUUGUGGUCAGGCACUUCUGUCUGCACAUGCUGAAGGAGAUGAGACUGUCCAAGCUGAAGGCUCUCUCUCAGACUGAUUUCAGAGCUCUGCUAGUGGAGGAUCCCAGUAAAGGCCAGCGUUGUGUUAAUCCGGUUCUCAAGAAUAGCAGUGCCGGCUUGGCCGGGAGCCACCUGGGCCCCGAGAGCCAGCUGCUGGAGAACAACCUCCAGCAAGAAUUUCUGUCUGAGUUGGAAACGGCAACUGAGCUUCUUCAGAGUCACGCACAGCUGGUGCUGGGCAACGCCCUCAGCCACGCCAUCCAGCAGAGGAUGGAGGCCAUAUCCUCACACUCACUGACCUCUCCUAAACAAGACCAUAGCUUGAAACACAAUCUGAUGGAGGGGGCAGCAGACAGUGUUUAUAUGACCAAAGAUUCCCUCACUGCGCUCGUCCAGAGCUACUAUUCCUGUCUAAGAGACAUUACUAGUAAACUGCAGCAGGAUCAGCCAAACACAAACCGGGAGAUGUGUGAGAGGAAAGACCACAGCGGUCACGUGAGCAGAGUCUUGCUGAGAGAGCUGGUGAACUGGGGGAAGAAACCUGCUUCGGCCGAGUUUCAACAGAGGGUUGAGCUGAACAAAAGGAAAGUGCUGGACCAGAGUGAUUUGGAACAAGAGGUUAUGUAUGAAGAACUGAGACAGAAGAAAACAGCCCAAGACCAAGCCCUGGAGAGGAUAAAAACACAGUUAAUGGAGGCAGAAGAAAGCUUCAUAACUGAGCUGGCAGCUUUGGCCCACAUCUCUCUCCACAGUCCAGAUCUGGAGCACAGUAGUGAAGAGGACAACAUUGGUGACCAGAGUAUCCCGAUCCUGGACCUGCUCGCUCUGAACCCAGCGUUAGAUCCAGCCUUGAAUCCUUCACUCACGCCAAUGUUUGCAGCUCCAGUCGUGAAAUCCAAACCAAAGAAGAAAAGAGAGCAAGAAUCUCAUUUCAUCUGAAAUCUUAACAUAACUGGACUUUUUAUGUGUUAUAAAAAUAUGUGUACUUUUAUAUUUUUCUGGCUCAUAAAACUGCUACUUUGUUAAUAAUAUCAAUGUUUCUAUGAGGAAGGUACCACACUAUGUACAAUAACACAACUUUUUCUUAAUGGUUAAGUACACCAAAGCAUCCUGCUUUAAGCAUAUUUACCCUCUGUUUGUCUGCUUCUCUAAAUGUACCAUAAAAUAAUACAACUCUGAAAA